UCCCUUGCUGUUCACCGAUCGUCAACACCUCCGAUCCUUCUGGAUACUGACACCGGGUCCAUAUACCCAACCUCUCAUAGCGUCCCAGAUUCGCAUCCUAUGCAGCAGCUAUAGACAUCUUUCUGUCCGCCUGUUCGAUUGCCAAGCCCCGUGAGGGCCCCUCCUCCGCCCCCCUCCCCCUGAUCCGAUCGCACCCGCAACAUGUCCUCCUAUCAGCCGAACCCUGCUUCUUACCAAAGUCAUGCGGCGCCGCGUCUGCCCGUUCCCGCCUACAACCCGGUAGCUGCCAUUGCCGCGCCCGCAGGGACCUUCUUGCCUGGCACCAAGGUCCAGGUUGGCAGCCAUCGCGUCGUGGUCGAGAAAUACCUCUCUGAGGGAGGUUUCGCCCAUGUCUACGUUGUUCGCCUACCCAAACCGGUCGAGGGCUCCGAUCGGGCGGUUCUCAAGCGCGUGGCGGUUCCGGACAAGUCCGCGCUGGCCAAUAUGCGCACCGAAGUUGAAACUAUGAAGAAACUCAAGGGUCAUCGACAUAUCGUCACCUACAUCGACUCCCAUGCGUCACAACUGCAGGGUGGUGGCUACGAGGUCUUUCUGCUCAUGGAAUUCUGCGAUGGUGGAGGUUUAAUCGACUUCAUGAACACGCGGCUGCAGAACCGCUUGACCGAACCCGAGAUCAUCAAGAUCUUCUCCGACGUGGCGGAGGGCGUUGCCUGCAUGCACUACCUCAAGCCGCCGCUGUUGCAUCGCGACCUGAAAGUGGAGAACGUCCUCAUCUCGCGUCAGGGUACUGCCGCGCUGUACAAGCUGUGCGACUUUGGAUCGGCUGCUCCCCCUCGCCCCGCCGCCACCUCCGCGGCGGAGGGGCGGUUGAUCGAAGACGACGUCCAGCGCCAUACCACGCUGCAGUAUCGCAGCCCGGAAAUGAUCGAUGUCUACCGGAAGCAACCCAUUGACGAGAAGAGCGAUAUCUGGGCCCUGGGAGUCCUGCUGUACAAGCUAUGUUAUUAUACCACCCCGUUUGAAGAGGUCGGCCAGAUGGCCAUCCUCAAUGCGAGUUACAAGUUCCCGAGUUACCCGGUCUUCUCGGAUCGAUUGAAGAUGUUGAUUGCUUGGAUGCUGAAGGAAUCACCGCAGAAGCGGCCAAAUAUAUAUGAAGUGGUGCGCGAGGUCUGUCACAUGCAGGGCAAGGAGGUCCCGAUUAGUGAUAUCUACGCGGCUCGCUCUAAAUCGGAGGCCCGUCGGUACCAGGAAUUGCCACCCUCCCCCACUGAGGCGCCACAGGUUGGUGCCGUCUUCUCUCCGCCGGUUCAGGAGACCCAGAUCAUCCCUGAGAUUGCGCCGAUGCGUCGCGGCCGUCCGACAAGACCGACGCAGUCCCCACACCAUUCGGCCAAGCCCAGUCCCUCCCCGUUUCGGGGCUCAGGGGAUCCGUUCUCCGUACUGGACAAUGCUCAGCCACCUCGCAACUCGACGGAUGAAUUUUCCAAUCGCUUCCCCUCGUUAGAUCAGUUUCAGAUCCUGCACGAAAAGGGGGAUAAGUUCGACUUCGAGUCGGCCGUGCCGGAUUCGAGUCCCGAGGAUGAUGAUCUUGCGCGGCGCCUCACCCAUGCACUGGCGGACGAUGCCUUUGCCAAGCACCAGUCGCCCGGGCCCGAGUCAUCGACCAGCCAGCGUCGCGCACAACCUACGUCCACUCAUUCCGCCCCCGUCGAGCGCGUCGACAAUCCGCGCGAUGAGGGACGCGCCUCGGUGCCGCUGUACCAACCUGCCCCCCAGCGACCGACGAUGGUGUCGACCGGUACAAUGACCUCGCCGCCAGGGACCCCUGGGUUGUCUGAGUACAAGCCGUCGAGUCGGCCCAUCUACAAGUUUCCCCCGACCGACCAUCAGCGGCGUCCGUCCAGUCACAAGCAACCUUCCGAGUCCGACCUCAAGAAAAAGGCUCCAUCGCCUGCUGCGACUGCGGUGGUCCAACCUCGGGGGUCGUCCGAUCGGAUUUCGGACUUGUCAGCGUCCCCGCGGCCCUCCCUUGACGGCGGUCGACCCAGUAAUCUGGAGGUGGUAGAGUCGGCAGGACGCUCGCGUUCGGCCAACGGUCGCUCCCGCCCGGUGUCCGUCCAUGCAGGGGCCCGAUAUGACUUACCCCGUGGGUCGGAGAGCGCGCGGUCGUCCCUGGACCUACCCCGGUCGCCCUAUUACGAGGGCGGGGCUCCCUUGCAGCACGCGCGGACCGAGGUAGACUCACGAGCCAACAUCUCUUCGGACGUAGACUUUCUCCGCGCACGGGAAGAGGAAACCAACAAGAAGCGCGAGAAGAGGUACAGCGGCACGGCUAAGCACAGUAAACGGUCUAGCCUGUCGACUUUGUCCCUCUCCGGCACCAAGAUGUUCGGGGGGCGGUUCGGGGACGCCUUCCGACGGUUCGAGCAUAGCACCUCGGAGAGCAAAGUGCAGUCGCCGGUGACCGAAGAAGCCCCCAGCAAGCCUCCCAUGAUGCUCUCGAGUGCUGAUCUUAGCUCCGAGCCUGCCAGCGAGCUCAUCGAUAUGGACGGCAACGAGGACAUCUCGCCGGAAAUGCGGCGGGAGCUGGAGCGGCGCCGGCUCUCCCAGGAGGAGAAGCGAGUCGCCAUGGCGGCCGCAGAAUAUCGUAAGCGGGUGGCUGAGGGGGGACAGCCUGGUGCUGCAGGGGGUUGGCGCGACGGGCCACGAUCGCAGGCGAUCCAGAACAAGGUGCAGUCUCUCCUGGGCGAGUCCACCCGGGCUCCCCCGCCCCCCAAGACGGCGACGGGCUACGGACGGUACACGGAUGAGACGGCGGCGGCUUUGCCGGCAAAGCCUUCGGAGAUUCGGUCGACGCGCGGGAGCGCGCCAUCGGAGCUGCCGACCAGCCUUGGGAAACCGGCUACGGCCACCGGACGCCCGGGAUCGUCCUCCGGCGCACGUCCGGCACUACCUCCCAAACCCAAGAGCCUGCGCGUGCCCACGGGAAUGGAAGGGCAAUCGGGCAGCCAGGACCGGAGUCCCACGGUGGCGGCGACGCCUGCCAGUGCGAGUGGUGAGGACUGGGAGGCGAGCUUCAGUCGACGGUUCCCCAGUCUAUCCGGCUUAGAGAUGGAGACGGAGAUUGAAUUGCCCCGGGUGACUCCUACUAGUGUACGGACGAAGGAGGUAUAGUUUGGUAUACAUAUAUGUUUAGAGCGUGUUGUGAGCGAUGUGAGCGUGUGAGCUAUAAUUGUAUUGAUGGGUGGAUAGACUUGUUGCAUGGUCAUAAAUGUGAUGUUCAUGUAGUUACUGUACUGUACGGUACUGUGUAG